UAAUAAAGCCCGCUCUCUUCGUUAAGACGGCCCCCCAACGCACUUUUUCAGGGCCUCCGGAUUUCGUGCCCUUCCUUUUUGUUCUUGUAUAGACUCUCCACUCUUCGGGAGCGUCUCACGAGCACGAUACCCUUUGUCUUUGUGUUGCUUUCUGCACUUUUGGGCUGCUACGCUUCGCCCGUGUCUGCACUUCUGUAUCGAUAAGAAAAGUAAAAGACCCCUCCAAAAAGAAGCGCAGCGACAGUCAGCUUCGCAGCACACACAAGACCGUACGCGGGAUAUGCCACACUCUGAGUCGCCUACCAUGGCCUCUCCUAUCGUCGUCGACAAGAGCGGCGCGGCGCCUGCGCCCUCCCAGGAGGACGUCCAGGCGUUCCUGACCAGCAUCGUCACCGCAAAGACAUCGCACGCCUCGGUCGACGCUGCCUACGCCCUCACCGAGGUCCUCCAGAACUCUGUUGGCUUCCGUGGCCUCCAGGCAUAUGGCGUCCUCGACUCGCUCAAGAAGUCGGCAACCAACAAGAAAGACCCUGUCCAGAGGGAGGGCGCCAUGAACGGCAUCGGCGCACUUUUCGAGCGCUUCCCGCGCUCGCAGAAGCUGACCGAGGCUAUCUUCCUGGUUCAGGACGAGACACUGUUCCCCCUCACAGUCGACUCGCUCUCGGACAAGGCCGCCCCCGUCAGGGAGUCGGCCAAGUACGCGCUCGACUCGCUGUUCGACAACCUCUCUGCUGAGGCCAAAGUUUUCGGUCUUCUGCCUGCAGUUAUGAAAUACCUUGGCAAGAAGUCUGGAAAAUGGCAGGGCGCCGUUGGUGCGCUCGAGCUGAUCGGCCGCAUGGCCGAUAAGGCCAAGAUCGGCAUGGAGAGCCUGGAGGUCGAGCUGGAGAAGGAUGUUCUCCGCGAGGCCAUGGGUAAGAAGCUCGAGGGACUCAUCCCUAUUGUCGAGAGCUUCAUGCACGAUCUUAAGUCUGAGGUCGCAAAGCAGGCGGUCAAGACAAUGAACAGCCUCACCACCCUCCUCCAGAACGACGACAUCGCUCCCCGGAUACCUCUGCUUGUCAAGGCCAUCGAGGACCCCUCCACACAGAGUCUGCAGAAGGCUAUUCACGCUCUUUCGCAGACCACCUUCGUCGCCAUCGUGACGUCGCCUGUCCUCGCCAUGGUCACACCUCUGCUUGAGCGCUCCCUCAACAACCCCAACACAACACAGGAGGUCACUCGCCAGACUGUUGUAGUCGUCGAGAACUUGACCAAGCUCGUUCACGACCCCAUCGAGGCUCGUGCUUUCCUCCCCAAGCUGAGGCCCGGUGUCAAGGCUGUCCUCGAUCGCGCUUCCAUGCCCGAAGUUCGUGAGAUUGGCGGUCGUGCGCUGGCUGUCAUCGAUGCCGCCACCGCAGAUCAGGACGGAAACGUCGAGCACGGUGCUCUUGCCCGUGUUUCGCCUUCCGAGGUCUCCCUUGUUCUGGAGAAGCACGUCAAGGAGGCUGGCGGUCUGCUGGACUUCCCUGGUGAUGCUGAACUCUGGACAUCUGCAAAGGCUUACAUUUCCGCCAUGAUCGCUGAGGAUGUGCAUGAGCGCCAGAUCAAGCGCAUUCCUUCGCUCGUUGCUCCCUACCUCAAGCCUUUGAUGGGCCCUGAUGCCGCUGAGAAGGUCUCAGAGGCUGUUUCUCAAUUCUACAUUGACGAGGAUCAUCGCAAGUUCGGUCAGCCGGUCGUCGAGGACGAUGGAGAGACCGAAAUUGUCAACGCAACCUUCUCUCUCGGGUACGGUGGUAUGUUGCUUCUCUCGCACACCAACCUGCGUCUGCUCAAGGGCCACCGCUACGGUCUUUGCGGCCGCAACGGUGCUGGAAAGUCUACGCUCAUGCGCAGUAUCGCCAACGGCAAGCUCGAGGGAUUUCCUCCUCAGGACGAGGUCAGGACCUGCUUUGUCGAGCACAACCAGGGCGAAGACGCCGAGAUCACAAUUCUCGAAUACAUCGUCAAUGAUCCUCGCUUCAAGGACGAGACUCAGGAGCGUAUUUCCGAGGUUCUGGAGGAAGUUGGCUUCACUGCUGGUCCUGAAGGCAGGCAAUCUCACAAGGUUGGCUCCCUGUCCGGAGGAUGGAAGAUGAAGCUCGCUUUGGCGCGUGCUAUGCUUAUGCGCGCGGACGUCUUGUUGCUCGACGAGCCUACUAACCACUUGGACGUUGCCAACGUUGCUUGGCUGCAGGAGUACCUCAAGAGCCACACUGAAAUCACCAGCUUGAUCGUUUCUCACGACUCUGGGUUCCUCGACGCUGUCUGCACAGACAUCUACCACUACGAGCAGAAGAAGCUUGUUAACUACAAGGGUAACCUUGCCGAUUUCGUCAGGCAGAACCCCGAAGGCAAGAGCUACUACACCCUCUCUGCGUCGCUCGUCCAGUUCAAGUUCCCCCCUCCUGGUAUCUUGACCGGAGUCAAGUCUAACACUCGCUCUAUCCUUCGUAUGACCGACUGCACAUUCACAUACCCUGGCGCGGCAAAGCCGUCGCUCUUCAACGCAUCCUGCAACCUGUCACUCUCUUCCCGAGUUGCUAUCAUCGGCGCCAAUGGUGCUGGUAAAUCUACACUCAUUAAGAUCCUGACAGGCGAAGUCACCCCACAGGACGGAAAGGUUGAGAAGCACCCCAACUUGCGUAUUGGAUACAUCAAGCAGCACGCUUUGGAGCACGUCGAGAUGCACUUGGAGAAGACGCCCAACCAGUACCUCCAAUGGCGUUACGCAAACGGUGACGAUCGCGAGGUGUUGAUGAAGCAGACUCGUGUUCUUACUGAGGAAGACAAGGCGCAGAUGGACACCUUGAUCGAUCUUGGCGACGGCAGCGGCGGACGCAAGAUUGAAGCCCUGAUUGGUCGUCAGAAGUACAAGAAGACCUUCCAGUAUGAGGUCAAGUGGAUGCACAUGCUCCCCAAGUACAACACCAUGAUCUCGCGCGAGACCUUGUUGGAGAGGGGCUUCCAGAAGCUCAUCCAAGAGUUCGACGACCACGAGGCAUCCCGCGAGGGUCUCGGUUACCGUGUCCUCGAGCCCAAGGUUAUCUCCAAGCACUUCGAGGAUCUUGGUAUGGAUCCUGAGAUCGCCAACCACAACGAAAUCUCUGGUCUUUCUGGAGGUCAGAAGGUCAAGGUCGUACUUGCAGGUGCUAUGUGGAACAACCCCCAUCUUCUUGUCCUCGACGAGCCGACCAACUUCUUGGAUCGCGACUCUCUUGGCGGUCUUGCGGUUGCUAUCCGCGACUACAAGGGUGGUGUUAUCAUGAUUUCUCACAACGAGGAGUUUGUCGGCGCCCUCUGCCCCGAGCAGUGGCACGUCAUCGACGGCAGGGUCCAGCACAAGGGUCACCUUGCUGUCGAUAUGGGCCGUUUCGAGGACUCCCGUCCUGGUUCGUCGGUUGCUAGCAGCAACGUCAGCUCUGCGGCGCCUAGCUCCGCUGGUACACCUAUUGGCUCCGACGUUGAGGGCUCAAAGGACGAUAUGAAGUUCAGGUCCAAGAAGAAGAAGAAGAUGACUAAGAAGGAGGUCAAGGAGCGUGAAGUCAGGCGGAGACUGAGAUACAUUGACUGGCUCAACAGCCCCAAGGGCACACCCCAGCCUCCUAAUACCGAUGACGAGGCCGAGUAGACGAUCUGUUGGUACGACAUGAUAUCUUAGACUUGUUGCAUUGUCCGGCGUUCUAGAGGAUAAAUCCUGGGUUUUGCAUUUCCGCGCUUAUAGAUCAUGACGACUCACGAGGUUGGCAAUUUCUCUAUUUAGCAGACCAAAAGCAUCUUUUAUCACAUUUAUUCGUUGUCUACUUGUCCAACAUUGGUGCCAUAAAGUAACAGUAACACGGCAUGCCUUCCUCUUGCAUGGAAGCAAGCGGUGCAUACAAGCAACCACUGCCUCAAACGGAUAUGUCUGACUCGGUUGUGAAUAAAUGAUAAGUACGGCCAGGGACUGCGCAACGGCGAUCGAAUGCAUGGACUCUCA